AUGGGGGAAAAUCCUGCCAAGGAUCAUUAUGCACAGCUUAACCAGGGAGAAGAGAAUGAGAUGGAGAUUUUUGGCUACAAAACCCAAGGCUGCCGAAAGGCCUUGUGCGUUGCUGGAUACAUCUUGUCCUGUGGGGCUCUGCUGCUGCUGUUUUACUGGAAGCCAGAGUGGGAUGUGUGGGCGAACUGCAUCCGCUGCAGCUUGGAAGAAGCAGACAUUGUUCUGCUCAGAACAACAGAUGAAUUUCGGAUUUAUUCGCGUAAGACUGUGACAUGGAUCUCUGUGUCUGCACUUAUCAAAAGUAGAUCCGAUUAUCCAGCCACUGCUGAAGAAGACUCAAUCAUCAGCAAAGCCAUAAUGAAGCCAAGUUUGCAAGUGAAAAGUAUCCAAGUACAAAAAAUCCGCUAUGUCUGGAAUAUCUCUGCAAAACAGUUCCAGAAAGUUGGAGCCCUAGAAGACCACCACACUUGCUCAGCUAUACAUGCCAAAUUUGGUUCUGGUCUCACCUGCAAUGAACGGAAUGUCAGGAGAGUUAUAUGUGGGCCAAACACUAUUGAUGUUCCAGUGAUCCCUAUUUGGAAACUACUCAUCAAAGAGGUCUUAAAUCCAUUUUACGUGUUCCAGCUGUUCAGUGUAUGUCUGUGGUUUGCUGAAGAUUACAUGGAGUAUGCCACUGCCAUCAUAAUCAUGUCUCUCCUCUCGAUUUUUUUGACUGUAUAUGAUCUUAGACAGCAAUCGGUUAAACUGCACAGACUGGUUGAGUCUCAUAACAACGUCAUGGUCACAGUCUGCAGAAAUAAGGAAGGUUUCCAAGAGCUGGAAUCACACCAUCUUGUUCCUGGAGAUAUGCUGGUUUUGAAAGAGGACAAAACCCUUUUGCCUUGUGAUGCCAUCCUGAUCAGUGGGCAGUGCAUUGUAAAUGAAAGCAUGCUGACAGGAGAAAGUAUUCCAGUAAUGAAGACCCACUUACCCCAAGCUGAUAACUUCAAGCCCUGGAGAAUGUACUGUGCAGAGGAUUACAAAAAACACAUCCUUUUCUGUGGAACAGAGGUCAUACAGACCAAGGCAGAUGACAGAGGAGUAGUGAAAGCUGUGGUGCUGCGGACUGGUUUCAAUACAGCCAAAGGGGAUCUGAUAAGGUCCAUUCUCUACCCUAAACCCAUGAACUUCAGGCUGUACAGAGAUGCCCUCAGGUUCCUGAUGUGCCUUGUAGCAUUUGCAGCCAUUGGAAUGAUCUACACAGUGUGUGUAUUUGCACUUAAUGGGGAGGAGGCAGGAGAAGUGGUGAAGAAGGCUUUGGACGUUAUCACUAUUGCUGUCCCCCCAGCUCUUCCAGCUGCCUUGACAACAGGGAUCAUUUAUACCCAGCGGAGGCUGAAGAAAAAGGGCAUCUUCUGCAUCAGCCCACAGAGGAUCAACAUGUGUGGACAGCUGAACCUCAUCUGCUUUGACAAAACUGGCACCUUAACAGAAGAUGGCCUGGAUCUUUGGGGCUUGCUGCCCUGUGAAAGAAACUGCUUCCAGAACAUUCACAGCUUCCCUGUGGACCACAGCCUACCUUGGGGCCCAGUGUUCAGAGCAAUGGUGGUUUGUCAUUCACUAUUUGUUUGGGAGGGCAAGAUCCAAGGAGACCCACUGGAUGUGAAGAUGUUUGAGGCCACUAACUGGGUGAUAGAUGAUUCCAGUGGACACCAGAUUGAAGGUCAAGGAUCCACACAUGCCACAGUUGUUAGACCUGGGCCUAAAGCCAGCAGUGCCCCAGUGGAAGGAGUUACCAUUUUACAUCAGUUUCCAUUUUCUUCAGCUUUGCAGAGAAUGUCUGUCAUUGCUCAGGAAAUUGGUGGGGAACCACAGGUCUUCACAAAAGGGGCUCCAGAAAUGGUAGCCAUGUUAUGUAGAGCAGAAACAGUCCCAUCAAACUUUGAAAGCAAGCUUCUGCUCUACACAGCGCAGGGCUUUAGGGUCAUCGGACUGGCAUGUAAAUCUCUACAGUCAGGGAAGCAUUCUGCUGGUCUAACAAGGGAGCAGGUAGAAUCUGAUCUGACAUUCCUGGGUCUGCUGAUAAUGGAGAAUAGAUUAAAGAGGGAGACAAAACCUGUCCUGGAAGAGCUCAGUGCUGCCCGCAUCAGGAGUGUUAUGGUCACAGGUGACAACAUUCGGACAGCUGUAACUGUUGCCAAAAAUGCUGGGAUGAUUUCUCCAACGAACAGAGUGAUUCUUGUGGAAGCGAAAAAACCACCUGGAUCUUUUUCGGCAUCUAUUACCUGGAAACUACUAGAAGAAAACAAAACUGAAGAUUACAGAAACCUGGAGGAUGACAUUCAGACUGAACGAAGAAUCAGGCUAGCAUUGGGAUCAGGCCAGUAUCAUUUUGCCAUGAGUGGAAAAUCUUACCAAAUUGUGGCACAGCAUUUCCGUCACUUACUUCCAAAGCUCCUGCUGAAUGGAACAGUUUUUGCUAGAAUGUCUCCUGGUCAGAAAUCCAGCCUUGUAGAAGAGUUUCAAAAGCUGGAUUACUUUGUGGGCAUGUGUGGAGAUGGAGCCAACGACUGCGGGGCUUUGAAAGUGGCGCAUGCAGGGAUAUCACUGUCGGAGCAGGAGGCGUCUGUGGCUUCACCUUUCACAUCCCAAACCGCCAGCAUAGCAUGUGUGCCAGAGCUGAUCAGGGAAGGCCGUGCUGCCCUCGUCACUUCCUUCUGCAUGUUCAAGUACAUGGCACUGUACAGCACCAUUCAGUACCUUGGUGUUCUCCUACUGUACUGGCAACUAAACUCCUUUGGGAAUUACCAGUUUUUGUUCCAAGAUCUGGCUAUUACCACUGUAAUUGGUGUGACAAUGAGUUUCACAGGUGCCUAUCCAAAGCUGGUUCCCUACAGGCCUCCUAGCCAACUCAUCUCGCCCCCGUUGCUGCUCUCUGUUGUCCUUAACAUCCUCUUCAGCCUCAGCAUGCAGAUCUUUGGGUUUGUGGUGGUCCAGCAGCAGCCUUGGUAUUCCAAGACCAAUAUACACAGCGCCUGCCUUUCAGUGAACAGCCACAUGGAGAAUUCUUCAUCUAUUUCCAGCCUGGAGCUCCAUGGGAUAAGAGAUGGAGCCCAAGAGCAAAUGGACAAUGGCUACAAGAGCUAUGAAAACACCACAGUGUGGCUGCUAAGUACCAUCAACUGCCUCAUCGUAGCGCUAGUGUUUUCCAAGGGAAAGCCUUUCAGGCAACCUAUCUAUAGAAACUAUAUGUUCGUACUGGUGCUGUUAGGGCAGCUGGCCAUUUGCCUCUUCCUGGUGUUUGCUGAUAUCGAUGAUCUCUACUCUAAGAUGGAUCUUGUUUGCACCCCUACCACGUGGCGGAUAUCCAUAGUGAUAAUUCUUGCAUUCACACUUGCUGUGUCCUUCCUUGUCGAGGAGGCUGUCAUCGAGAACAGACCUUUAUGGCUGCUGCUGAAAAAGACCUUCCGGUACCACUCAAAGAGCCAGUACAAGAGGCUGCAGCGAGUGUUAGAGCAGGACUCAGCCUGGCCACCUCUGCAUGAAACCUUCUUCUCAGAUUCUGUGGCAAUAUCAGUAGAGGGAAGUAUGGGAGGUCAUAGCAAUCCGACAUUUGACAGCAAUGAGGACGCACUCUGAUGGAAACUGCAGAGGACACAUGUCCAGGACAGUUGCAGUUGCCGGUAGAAGGACUCUCUCAGAGAUAUAAGAAAAGAGGAAGGACUGACCCAUCACUGCUCCCGCAUUCUGAAACUAACCAGCUCUGGCUUAUUUUUAAAUUAACUGGAAGCAGAAAUGCUGGCUGCAGUAGCAUAAAGCCACAGUAGUGUUUCUCCUGUCCCCUUGCCUAUGUGUGAAUGGCUGCCAGCUGUAAAUGGAACAGCUUGCUGAAUAUUGGCAAAGUAUUCAUGGUUGAAACACCCCAUUGCUGCAUCCUUCUCUUGAACUGCAUUAUGCAGUCCAUAAAAGUGGGGGCUCCUCCAGAUGAGAAGUAGCUAAUUUAGAUACCAGCACUCCUCCUGGGAGAUCCCCUUUGACAAAACAAGAAGAAUUUACCCCUGAUAGAGGCUGCUGAACAUAGGCAGGUCCUGGGAUUCCUAUAGGUCUUGGGGUUUCAGAUACUGCUACCUAGUGUCUGCUGCUGUUUGGGGUUUUUUCCCCCUCUGGCAGUCCUUGGCAUUCUGGGGCUGGAAGGAGCUGCAAAUAGCCAAAUCCUUCUAGAAGCAUCCAUGCCCAGAACCAUUAUGCACUUCCUGUAAUGAGAGCACUGCAGCGCUUUAUUGCUAGCUCACUGCUACCAGGCAACCUGUGUGCCCUCUUCUCAGUUUAAAAUGUGGUGCAUGCAUUUUCUGGGUGAAAAAUCUUAUUGACCUACAGAACAGAAUGAUUUAAUUGUUUAACAGUUCUUUUUGAGGGAGAUAUUUGUUUGGGAUACCCAUUUUAAAAAUGUAGAAUGGAACACAUGAUAAUUGCAAAUUAUGAUCUCAUCCUGUGGAUCUACAAGGACAUGCUGUCCCAUGUGCUGUAAGCUUGCUCUGCUAGAGCUGAUGCUGCGCAGCUGGGCUGCCACCUGGCAUCAGCUCCUGGUUUACCAGCGCCAAAAGAAGCAGACAUUGAAGCGGUUACUCCCCCCAAGGGAUUAAGGCCUGAAUUAAAAGACAGGGAGCCAGCUAGGUCUCAGAAUAAUUUUAUUAAAUUCUGUGGCAUGCUCUUAAAUUGGACCAUCUGAGGUUUUGGCACUGUUUUCCAACCAUAAUUGCACAUGCUACACACCAUGUGUCAUUCAUCAACUCAUAUCCUCACCUGUUAACCUUUCAUGAUGACUUUUACUCACUCUGCUGUACUGCUUUUGCCAUACAUAAAUGCAAUAGCACUGCACAUUUGUGUAGGACUUACCUACUCAAAAAAAAAAAAGCAGCUUCUACCAGCAUGUAUUCUCUUAGCCCUUUGAUGCUGAGCUGACUUCCUGCUCACCAUAUUUUGCCAUCUUGGUUGCUGGGUAAAACAUCAAGAUAUCAGUCAGGGAGGCUUCGGGCCAAAAGGAACACUUCCUUCUUCAGCUAAGAUGUGCAGGGAAGUUGUCCCCUCUGAGCAGACUGCACGAUUUGUUUUUUGCAGUUGGAGCUUGCCCAUGAUUUUCCUGGGUGGGGCUGAGGAGCACUUCGGGAGCACUUCAACACUGGGGACUGUAUGUUCCCACUACUUGAUGCUAAAGCAUUCUUGCAUUGGCACAGAAACCUAGAGAAUCAGGCAGGUUGGGAGUCAUGGUAAAGAUUCCUUUGGUCUUUUAGAAUAAAAAGUAGCUCUGGAAAACCAAGAGCAAAACAGAGAGAUUAUGGAUUGUUGUGAUUCAACAUGUCUGUACCAGAAUAGUGCUUGAAAAGAAUUUGGCUUUAAUCAAAACAUUACUCUUUUUCUAACAACAAACAAAAAAUGUUUUAACUUGAAGAAAACAUGUAUUUGACACAAAGCGAUAUUUUCCCCAUUUUAGACAAGUUUGACAUAAGCAAAUGGAGUAAAUACCUUCCUACCUGCUGUGGUUUACCUAAUGGUAUAUACCUGCCACAAAGUGACACAACUUGACACAAACCAGAAGUGGUUCACAUUUAUUCAUAAAAGUGUCUCCAAAGUUAGAAUAAGUUCCCAGAUUGCAGCAAAAUCCAUUGGAAAGUGAGGGCUAGAUGCCCUGUGCACUCCUUGCAGCUUAAGGAGACACCAAAGAGCAAGUUAGUAGAGUUAUUCCUGCCAUCCUCAGUUUGAGAUAGAGUAAUAUUUCCCUUUGUCAUGGUUUUAGCUGGGAUAGAGUUAAUUUUCUUCACUCUAGCUGGUAUAGUGCUGUGCUUUGAAAUUAGCAUGGAAAAAAAAAACCUGUUGAGAUAGCACACAGAUGUUUAGGCUGUUGCUGGGUAGCACUUGUGCCA